ACUCGCCGUGCAAGGGGAUACGCGAAUGCCUGAAAGCUGGAAAUUCUAACGUAGCGGCUCCGGAAACUAAAAACGCACUGAUCUUCUAGUUCAAGUCCACGUCUCCCCAACAAACCAUCGCAAGUAUCCCAAGAUGCCAAGAAACAGGAAAGGUCCUUCUUUCCGUUGGACGAGCCAGCGAUUCCCUCACCAAGGCGAGCCAACUGAAGACCUAUCAGGAGAACACGAUGUUAACAACUUCGUAACAGCCUGGCAACCCUCGAUGAGAACUCAUGGCCAUACACUUGCCGACGAGGCUAGGAACACGGCAUACAACCGCCGUGAUGCUCUUAGUCGUGAUGCCGGGCUGAGAUACAAACCGGUGACCUUCGUCUGCGCUGGCCUGAUGGAUCCAUUGAAGGAUCUUGAGAUUCAGCUCACUGUCACCGGUCAAAACCAAGCUAAUAUGGGGGCUAUCGAGGAAUCUCCUGUCACCCCCAUUGUUGCCGUUGAGAGUAGCAGCUCGCUUGGUGAUCCCGUUUCAGCUCCAAUUCGUCAUACCCUAGGGUCCGUGCAGACCGAAAGGCUGACCCCAGAGCCACUAGCACUUUACACGGUUGAUACAAUGUCCAAGCUUGAACGUACCACAGAUUCCGAGUCCUGCCAUAGUUGUGACGAAGUCAUUGUUUUCAAGGGGAGGGCCGGCAAUCGUCCGGGAUGCGUCCCUCGCAAGAUUAAUAAUGAUGUUGAUGCCAAUUCAUUUCGACUACACCAAUUAGAUUAUGAGCUACAGACUAUCAGAGAGAGCAUUCGUCACAGGCUGCCAACGCCAAAUCACGCCUUCGACGAGCACGACUACAUACCCCUUACUUCCGCAGCAGGGGGCCGUGGUAAGGCCCGACAAUCUCGCCGAAGCACCGAUUCGGCAGAAGAUUCGCCAGCUAUUGACGACUACAUUGCCAACCUCAAUAAUUGGAAAGAUGACGAAAGCGAUGGGGAAGAACACACGGGGCUCGGGUUCAAUAACUUCACCAUCCUAAGAGACUUAGGUGGCACCAACAGCGAUGUAGCUCCCGUUACGGCGUCUAGUUCAGACGAUACGGACUACGUCGCAGUGGACCGCACCGUCGCAGCGAGCCGACAACGUCACCUCGAGACUGGUGACGAACGCAUGGCCCGAAUUCUUGCCAAGCAAGAAGAAUUUGGUCUCGGCAGUGAUGAUCUUCUGCUUUUCGACGGAGAGGUCUCUCAUGAUGAGCUGGUGGAGGCAUCAAAACCCCUCCGUCAUAAAAAAAAAGGGCGUCCUAGCAACCCUCGGAUGUCGAGAAAAAAGGGCCAAUAUUCAGCGGCAACAGAGGAGAGGGCGGAUGCGUUUGAUGGGCCGGCGUUUAUGGACUGGCAUCGGCCUAGCGUCAAGAACGUGAAGGAUGGGAUACACCUGUUCAAUAUAUCGGACUCCGAACUCGAAGAAGCUAUACUGUCCGCCAAACAGAAGGAUCGGGCGAAGAAGGCAGAGAGAAAAAAGGCACGCCAGGCGCUCCGGUCCGAGGGGUUACUUGGGAAGAAGACCAACCCCGACGAUCUCAGAGUCAAGUAUCUGAAAGGCAUGUCCCUUGACGACCUUGCUAACGAGCUUGAGGUAUUCCUCCUCGGCUCGCAAGAGCAGCUAAUUUUGCCUCCAUUCGGCAAAGUCGCUCGCAAAACCAUCCAUUCCUUAGCCAAUAGGUUCUCCAUCAAGUCGCAAUCCGCGGGCCAGGGAAACCGCAGAUACCCAGUUCUCUAUAGGUCCAACGCUACAGUUCCCUUCGACCAGGUCAUGUUUGAUAGAACGUUUCGUCGCAUUGGGCGAACUUGGUUUCCCCGCAACGACGUCAGCGGUACUCGGAUCUCAAAACAACCGCAAGUUCAAGACGGCAAGUCACGCCUAGGGAGGUCGCUUACUUGUCAGGAUGGCGACGUUGUAGGCCAGCAUGCAGCCGAAAUAAGUGCAGAGAACAAGGGUAGAGCCAUGCUGGAGAAGAUGGGCUGGUCCAAGGGUAUGGCAUUGGGAAGCGAUGAGAACAAAGGUAUCAUGGUGCCCAUCACCCACGUGAUAAAGAAAAACAAAGCAGGACUUGGAGAGAGUUGAGAUCGUUGGUGUCGGGUCUCGCUCACUC